UGGCGAAAAAAAUUAGUAGAAUUUUAGCUGGCAAUUUGUGAACAUCUAAAAAAUAGAAACAAGCAGUGCGCGCACUCAAGAUGUGGUUCCGAGACUUGGGCAUUCGUCUAAGUGUUUUCCACCUGAUGGUGUGUCUGCCCAGUAUUUACACAAAUGUGCCAAGCUAUGCGGAUCGGUACAACAGAAGGCCUGUGUUCCAGGAUCCAGGAGUGGGAACAUAUGGCCGCGGAUACAUGGAAAACAGACAGUUGUCUUAUAAUCGACCUGGACCAGCCAACUUUCAAGAUCCUAGAAAUGUGGAGAUGCAGCCGAAACGACGAGAGUAUCUCAUUCGAUCACACGAAACGCAAUCCGAUAGGGGGCAACACAAAUGCCGCAUUUGGGUGCCCCCCGAUACGGUGGAAAAGUACCCAUACCCCAGUGUCAUCCAGACGGAUCAGGCCAACCGGCUGUCCCUGAUCGAGGUCUGCUGCACCGGAUACUCGGCCAGUCGACUGAUGGGCGUGACCGUGUGCCGGGCGCAAUGUGGCUGCCAGAACGGAAGCUGCAAGAUUCCGGGGGAGUGCGAGUGCUAUGAUGGCUUUGUGCGUAACGACAACGGUGACUGUGUGUUUGCCUGCCCGCUGGGCUGCCAAAAUGGUCAGUGCUAUUUGGACGGCAGCUGCCAGUGUGAUCCGGGCUACAAGCUGGACGAGACGCGACGCUUCUGCCGCCCGAUCUGCAGCAGUGGCUGUGGCAACAGUCCGCGGCACAACUGCACCGAACCGGAGGUCUGUGGCUGCUCCAAGGGCUAUCAGCUGACCGACGACGGAUGCCAGCCCGUCUGCGAGCCGGACUGUGGAAUCGGCGGACUCUGCAAGGACAACAACCAGUGCGACUGCGCACCUGGUUACAAUCUGAGGGAUGGCGUCUGCCAGGCCGAUUGCUAUCAGAAGUGCAACAAUGGCGUGUGUGUCAGCCGAAACCGAUGUCUAUGCGAUCCGGGAUACACCUACCAUGAGCAAUCAACCAUGUGCGUUCCAGUAUAGACAUUUUUACUAAAGAAUUGAUUUUUAAUUCGAAAUACCCUGGGCUUGGUCGGUAUGAAAACCAAAACCGAGAUUGUGUUACGCUUUAUCCAAAAGCUAUACCCCUUAUCUUACAAAAUAAAUUUAAAUGGCUAGAUAA